CUGACUAAUUAGACUUCAUGAUUGUAGUGUUGCAUGUCUCGUUGCACUGGUACACUUCGUAGACGCGAAUAACUCUUCGAAUUACCCAAUGACAAUGCCACAAACACGACAUGAGCACGACAUGAACGCGACACCGAGCGGAGUAGCUGACCACCAUCCCCAAGCCGAACACACGGGAAUAAUCAUCGGCGUUGACAUCCAGAGGGGCCUUGGGACCCAGCGCAAUGGGGCCUCUCCCGGGGCCAUCUCCCGGCCACUCGCCUAAAUGACAUCCCAUAUAAACAUGCACUGUGAGAUUAAGCCGCACACCCACGGAGGUGGGGCACCAGCCCAACAAACAACACGCAGACUAAGUAAAUGGAAGAUGUUGUCCAAACACUUUCUUCACUCCCAUUGUCAGUUCUAGACAUCCAAUCCAUUACCUCCAAGCAACACCAACGAUGCUAUCCAACAUGCGGUGGUUUAUACCGUUGUUUGCAGGCAUGACUGUCUCCCAAACCGUCCCCGCACCCGGUACAAUCCCGAUGAUGCGUUUCGAAUGCAGCCAACUCGUCCACGACCGCAUCGACCCGCUCGUCAACCCAGGCCUCACACCCUCCCCCCAUCUCCACCAGAUCGUCGGCGGCAACUCCUUCAACGCGACCCUCGCCCACGAUCUCCCCACCGUCUCCACAUGCACCUCGUGCACUUUCUCGGAAGACUUCUCAAACUACUGGACCGCAGUCCUCUUCUUCCGCGCGCAAAAUGGCACCUUCCACCGCGUCCCGCAGGCCCCCAGCGAAGGGCUCAAAGGUGACGGCGGGAUAACCGUGUAUUACAUCCCCGACGCGAAGAACAAGACGUCCGUGACUGCAUUUAAACCCGGGUUCAGGAUGCUGGUCGGCGAUGCUGCGGCAACGACGCCCCAGCCUGCACGCAAAGUGUGCCACCGCUGUAUGCCCGCCAAGGGGGACAACAGCAAUAUCAACUGCGGCGCGCCGGAUGCACAGGAGUUGCCCGGCAAGCCGUGUUCUGGGGGGAUACGGACGAUUAUUACCUUUCCGACGUGUUGGGAUGGGAGGAAUUUGGAUAGUCCGGAUCAUAAGAGCCAUCUGGCGUAUGCGGAGGGGAGUCAGGCGAAUGAUGUGGGGCCGACGGGGACGUGUCCGGCGAGUCAUCCGGUGGUUAUACCGCAGGUCAUGUAUGAGGUCAUCUGGGAUACACAAGGGUUCAACGAUAAGAGCCUGUGGCCGGCAGAUGGCUCGCAGCCGUUCGUGUGGAGCACGGGAGACCAGUGAGUGCAGCUAGACUCUCCCACCGCACACAGCAGCGCGAUAGACUGAUUGCCAACGCAGACACGGGUACUCCAACCACGGAGACUAUGUCUUUGGUUGGAAAGAUGAUGCGCUACAGCGGGCGAUGGAUACAAGGUGCAACGGCGAUUCUUGUCCGGCGCUGAAGAGCCAGACCCCUGAGGAGGCUAUGAAGUGCACGGUCCCACGGACUGUGAAAGAGGAUAUAGAUGGAUGGCUGGAAGAUCUUCCUGGGAACCGAACGCUGUUCUAAGCUGUGGGAGAGCCAAAGGGACUGGUAGAUUGCAAUGGUGAUAUAGAUGCUGU